GAAUGACAACGCCACCAGACAUACAUGCCAGCCACAGAGCACACGUAAUGCUCCGACACACGUAAAGCAGCAGCGAGGGGAAGCUAAUCAACCACAUAAGGAUUGGAGCCACGACGACUUGGGCACAAGUCAAUCAAUCGAUCCUUGCGUCCACACGCACGGAGGAGCGCAGCCAAGUCAAUCCCAGCUUGACCUGGCUUGUGCAAUUGGGACAGACGCCGGACUCCUGAUUCUAGAUGGACUGAUGGCUGCAAGAGGUGCCCGGAAAGGAUGAGCCAAGAUGGUUAAAAAAAAAAAGGAAGACACCCGUCGGGACAUAUCCCACUCGCGACUAAGGGGAACGUCUAGAGAUGGAUGUGGGCUUGGCAUGAUGAUCAUUAUGUCUCAAAGACGUCGAAGAGAUUUCCGCAAAAGUGAGGUUGAUGAGACACGCACAGACUCCAGAGCCACGUUUUAUGGGAGUUGCCCGAGACCACUCUCUGCUGGUGGGGGUGUAGGUAUGAUCAUGUAUACUUUAUUGGGGUUAGCCUUGGGCUAGUGGUUGGCAAGCGUUGAGGAUGAGGUUGAAUUAAAGGAAGGGGACAUGGAAGGGAUGGUCAAGACAAAAGCAAAAAGACGAAGAAAAUGGAAGAAAAUGGAAUUCA